GUCCAGCCAAGCGAUGACUUGACAUACCAAAUGCACAUACAUCAUGAGCUACACAUCUCAAUCAAACUACAAGCAAAAAAAUUGGGAAUUGGAUUAGAAUUAGGAGGUGGUCUAAUUAAACCAGUCCAAUCCAAUAAUUAUGUCAUGCAUGAAAGCUCCUUCCUGGCACUUUCAAUCAGACGAGACCGGCAAAACACUUUAUCAUUAAUUAAGAGAUUACAAUACAUUAAUCAUCUGAAAAUAAAAUAAAUCUGUUAGGAAGAAAGAAAUUAAAGCUUCAGUAAAUAAUAAUGACGAUGGAUGGCUAAAGAAAGAAAAAGGAAAUGGAAAUGAGCAAAAGAUGCGCCACGUUGCUUGAUGAUGACGCGGAGCGGAGCCACAACGGCAAACACCGCCGCCGGCCACCGCAAAGCCACAACAAGAUACGACACCGUUUUAUCCUGGUUUGUUGCCGUUUGGACCGCGGUGGCCUCUUCCCUGUUCCUGCGCGCCUUCACAGCUCCCACUACCUUCUUCGCCAUCCCACUACUCCACUCCCCACACCUUAAUUUACUCUCUCUCUCUCUCUCUCUCUCUCUCUCUCUCUCUGCUGUCAUAUAUAUACAUAAAGAUUCUUCCUUUCCUUCCUUCCUUCCAUCCAUUUCCCAAGCACAACCAUUUUAACAUUAAACCGCGGUCAAACCCUCCCUCCCUCUCUCUGCAGCUUUCGUGAGCUCGGGGGAAUUCGGUUCACUGUGAUCGAGAAACAGCUCUCUGUUUCUCUGGGCCGCUUGAUUCAGAGACUGACUCAGCUCCCGUUUUAAAUGCAUCCAGGGCGUCGUUUUGGCAUUCAAGGCUAGUCUAGUAGUAGUCCCCGACUUCGGUUUAUCUCAACCCGACGACAAGGAAUGAACUUUCAGAUCAUAAAGGUAUAUAUGUAUAUAUGUGUGUGUGUAUGCCUCUCUCUGUUCUUCAUUCAAUCCUCUGUUUCUUUUUAAAUGCUCUGUUCUGCAACUCUGGAUUAUUAAUGGUGUUUUUGAUGAAUUGGGUUUUGUUCUCCUUCAGAUUUGAGGAACUGUUUGCUAGCUAGCUGGGAGAGGGAAACAGCAAGCAAGGAUGAGUAGCCGGGCCAGUACAACUCGGCACUCCGCCAUGAAAGCUCCACCCAAGCUUGAAAAGGGGAGCUAUUCUAUCAAUGGAACUAACAGUUCAGCCAAAUCCCGCAAAGCUUCAACGAGCAGAGACAAGAAAAUGGCUCUCCAGCAAGAUGUUGAUAAACUGAAGAAGAAGCUGAGAUUCGAAGAGAAUGUACACAGAGCUCUGGAGAGAGCAUUCAAUAGACCACUCGGAGCUCUGCCUCGCCUGCCUCCUUAUCUUCCCCCUGCCACGCUGGAGCUUCUAGCAGAAGUUGCUGUCUUGGAAGAGGAAGUUGUACGAUUAGAAGAACAAGUAGUACAUUUCAGACAGGACUUGUACCAGGAAGCUGUCAACAUUUCCAGCUCCAAGAGGAACCUAAGUUCUUCUGCAGAUUCCUACCCUUCAGUCCCGCCUAAGAUCGAGCAGCAGAAACAGCAGUUGAAAGAGAAGGAAAUGGGUUGUUGUUCUUCCAAUCCAGCAGAGAAAAAGGGGAGGGGUUCGUCAUCUUCAGCUCACAAUGCUCCCAGUACGGUCCGAACACCAGUUAAAAGAAGCGCAAUUGAUCAUAAAUCGGAGAAGCGUCUGGAUCCUCAGAAGUUAAAGCUGGUGGAUGACAAUCCAAACAAGGUCUCGGAGGACAUUGUGAAGUGCUUGUCAAGCAUUUUCGCGAGGUUGAGCACGACGACGAGGAAGAACCACAACAGCAGUGAGAAUGAUCCUUAUGGUAUAUGGGCAGAUUUUGGAAGGAGAGAUGUUGGUCAGUACAAGCAUUUGUUUGCUAUUGAAGCUGACACUGUCAAUCCCAACAGAACAUCCAACUCUUUGUUUCUACUCCACAGACUGAAGCUUCUGCUUGGUAAACUUGGUGCUGUGAAAUUGGAUAAAUUAACCCAUCAGGAGAAACUUGCCUUCUGGAUCAACAUCUACAACUCCUGCAUGAUGAAUGCAUUUCUGCAAUAUGGAAUUCCAGAAAGCCCUGAGAUGGUUGUUGAAGUAAUGAGAGAGGCAACAAUAAAUGUUGGAGGACACUCUCUAACUGCAAUCACCAUUGAGCACUUCAUCCUCAGAUUGCCUUACCACUCCAAAUAUGCAUUAUCAAAGGGGUCGAAGAACGAUGAGAUGACAGCAAGGAGCAAAUUCGGGUUGGAGUUAUCUGAACCUUUGGUGACAUUUGCUCUCUCUUGUGGAAGUUGGUCUUCUCCAGCUGUGAGAGUGUACACAGCAUCACAAGUCGAGAAUGAGCUCGAGGCGGCGAAGAAAGAGUACUUGCAGGCAGCAAUUGGGAUUUCAGCCAACAAGUUUGCUAUCCCAAAGCUGUUGGAUUGGUAUUUGUUGGACUUUGCAAAAGACUUGGACUCAUUGCUGGACUGGAUUUGCCUGCAGCUACCAAGUGAACUUGGGAAAGAAGCAAUGAAGUCCCUUGACAGAGGUACUAAAACUCAGCCAAGUACACAAAUCAUCGAGGUCAUGCCAUAUGAAUUCAGUUUUAGGUACCUUUUGUACAUACAAUAGUUAAUUUCUUCAGUGGAGUUCCCUAGAAGGCUUGAAGUCUCAGUUUUGUACACAUCAAUAGGGUCAAAUAGAUGCAUAAUUAAAAGCUUGUAUGAUUUUUCAUCUCUGUAAGUAUCCGAGUCAUAAAGGAGUAAGAAAAGAAGUAAAAGAAAAGUUCAAUGUUUUCAAUCUCUCUCUUCUGGGUCUUUGCAGGAUCAUAACAAAGAUAAACGGGUUUUUUCAGAACAUCCAAAAGGCUCAGACUUUGUAUGGUUUAGGUGCACUUAGUUAGUGAGUAGAGAAUUCACAAAGAUUGGCACUUUGUGUGUUAAAACAGCCUUAAUUUGCAAGCAGACAUUCUCUUGGACACAGAAACCAGAAGGGUUAAGCUGUCGCUGAAGGAAAUGCGGUUUGGUAUUAUUAACGAUUUGGACAAGUGGGUUUGACAGUGUAAAACUACAGCCACUAUGGUCCAAACUCUUUGACUUGCUAUGCAAUUAUUAAAGAACAUUAGGUGAGAGUAACAGAGGGAGAAAAAGCUGAGAGCUGCUGUGUAUGGAAUGUUAAUGAACAGUUCCUGAAUUC